AUGGCAGUAUCUACAAGGAGAAUUGCUCGUUCAGAGUCUUUGGACAGCCAGAACGACCAACAGGACAAUGGAAUGGGCGUUGGUCCUACUCAGGGACCCACCGAAUCCAGCGACAAUAGCGAAACCCAGGAUGGCGAAGUGGACGUCCACCGACCGAUGGGACUUCGCGAGAUGCAAGAGAUUGUGGAUAAUCAACCACUGUCUACCGAACAACUUCGAGUCCUUACUGACAGGAUCCGGGUACUCGUGAAAGCUCGUACAGGAAAACGGGCUAAUGAAAACACCAACGAUGAGGACGACAGACCACGUGCAACCCUCAAAGCCUGGAGCGAUUGGAAGAUUGAGAUCCAACGAGCUUUCAAUGCAUCCCCAUAUAAAUAUGACAACAACCGAACCAAAGUAAUCAAGGCACUGAUUCACCUUCAUGAAGAUUGCAAAACAAUGUGGAAUAACCAUAUCCGCUCCGCUCCUGACGAUAAAUAUAACUGGAAAGCCUUUAGUACCUGGCUUGACUCUACUAUUCGGGACCAAGGAAACGACGAGAUCAAAACACAGAUUGAGUGGAGCAAGGCCAGACAGAGAUUUGAUCAAACCCCAUGGGCUUUUGACGCUUAUCUCACAAGCCUUGAGAGAGAAAUGGAGCCGAAGAAUGAACGUACUCAAGCAAUGGAAUUCUUCAGCCGGUUGCGACCAAGUCUACAGCGUGCCAUUCAACUUAGCGGAAUCAAUCCAUUGCCUCAAACUCGACAAGCAAUGCUGUCUCUCGCCACACGUAUGUGGGAAGAGAUCAAGCAUGAUGAAAAGAAUCCUAGAAAGAAGGACCCUAAAAAACCAGAGACCAGGACUGAUAAUCCAACCACCCCACUUGUUUCAUCAAAGCAUGCCUCAAAAAUGGACAAUAAAAAUGAGGACAAGGCCCAGAAUAAAACAGGAAAGCUAAGAGGCCCAAAGGAAUUUGCCUCGGGCAAAAAUGAGAAAGGAGAGCGAAUUUGCUUCACUUGUGGUAGUACAGAGCAUCUUACUAGCUACCAUAAAAAGGAUGAUAAGGGAGAUGCUGAGAAGAAGAAACCAGGCAUUCACAUCAUCCAAAAAGUUGGCCGGAAGAAAGGUCAUAACCGAAUGGCUGAGCAGGCAUGGGACCUUUCAGACUUGUCGGAAAACGAAUAA